AAGCGGAAGCGGGCGGUAGUCGCGAUGGGUACCGGCCUCCGGCGGCUUCCGCUUCCGGAACAGCGGCGGCGGCGGGGCCGGUGGUGGUGGUGGCGACGACGACGGGGGCCGGGAGGGCUCAGAGGUGUCAGUUCCUGCGGCUUCCGCUGUUUCCCUCCCCCCCCAAAAAAAGAGGGGAGCGCGAGCGAAGGGAGACGGGCAAGUCUUCUGGCCUGUGAGGGACUUUCUGGGGUUUGCCUUGUGCCAACGGUGGCCAGCAAGAAGAUGAUGCCGAAGCAAAGCUGUAAGCAGGUGGAGAACGGAGAGAGAGGGGGCGCGCCGGACAUGCUGGGUCAUCGCAAAGAGAGCGAGAAGUCACGGAGCCGGAAAGAGGAAGAAACAACAGAAGGCGCACCACCUAAAAAAUCUCUUAAAAAGAGACGCCCAGAACAGUACUCCACACAAAACCAAUGUUACCUUCUUAAAACGUGUCCACUUUUCCUUGCAGGUGAGAAGCCAUUUGAGUGUGAUGUGUGUGACAUGCGCUUCAUCCAGAAAUACCACCUGGAGCGCCACAAGCGGGUUCACAGUGGGGAGAAGCCCUACCAGUGUGAGCGCUGCCUGCAAAGCUUCUCCAGGACAGACCGGCUGCUGAGACACAAACGAAUGUGCCAAGGUUGUUCAAGCAAAGGAUCCGACUCGCAGAUGCUGCUUUAGGGCUCGGCCAGGAAAGGGGAAUUGGAGAAGGAGCUGGCAAGCCGACCGGAUUCUUUGUGGGUCUUUCUGUUCAUUCGGGGGUUUGGGGGUUUUUUGCUCUUGCAUUCACCUGCUGGGCCUACCCCUGUGACAGGGGGAGAGCUAAGCAGGGUUCAGACUCUCAGGCAAGGUCUUGACACUGUAAAUAAGUUGAGGAUGGACCCAAGCUGGUUCUCAGCCAGCGGAAGCCCCUUGCAGUUCUGGAUAAACUUCGGGUGUGUGUGUCUGGGUGUGUGGUUUUUGACGUUAUCACCAUUUGCCUCAGGAAAGGCUCUGAGAAGAACAGUCGGGUGUCCCGCAAACCCAGAUAAUGAUGUUGGAUGUUCUCAAUUAACCUACAACCUGCUAUCCGUGUCCCGCCUUUGGACUUGCAAGGAUUGGGAGGUGAUGAACAAGUUGAUCGGUUUUUUUUUUAAUGCUUAUUGCAAAGUUAAAGGAACAGUCAAGCCCCCAACUGUUUGAUGCAGCCGAGACGUGAAAGCAGUGGAGAGACAAGAGACAGGUUUGUGGCAGAAGAAUCUUGGCUCCAGGGCUCAUAGGAGUUUUGCCUCUUCUGAGUUUUGCCAUUGAGAUCAAUGGGACUUUUUAAUUCUCCUAUGGGACUUGGGCUUGUGAUUAGGAUCUUUUCAGGUUUUGAGGGAAAAGGGCUGGAGCAGGUGCUGUAUGCUGCUGGGUACUUUCAGGUGGUCCCACCGGGAGGAUCACAGGUGAGAGGCUUGUGGCUCUGCUGGUCGGAGGGACGCGCUUGGCUGCUUCCAGUGAAGGAAGAAGCUUCUGACCUUUCACAGGAAGCUUGAUUCCUGUCCCUCCCCUCCCCUUUGUUGUACAUAUCCAUGCAUUCAGGAUCCCACUCCACUGAAUAUCCUUUUACACACAAUUCACAAGUCUUCUCGGAUGAGAAUCCUUCCCCAGCGUCCUGCCCCUAAAUAGGCCAGCCAGCUGUACCCCAAUGUCACCAGUCUCAAAAAGUCUUGUCUCUGCCAGCAGGGAGCAAUAAUUUGGGCUCAGAAAACUGAGGGAUCAGGAACACAAAGGUGCCCAGAAGUUGGGCGUGAUCAUCCCUUCCCUUUUCAACAUUCUGACCAGGGGUGGUGAGGAAUGGCAGUCCAACAACUCCUGGAACGUGCCAAUUAAAUACAUAAAAUACAUAAUUCCUCCCGUACGUUUGUGUGCUUCAGAACUAGAUGUUUGGGAGCCAAGAUCUAGUAUCCCUUUCCUCUCUUAAAACAGUUUAUAUCGCUUUGGGCUAGACACGGUCUCCUUGCUAUCUUAGGAACGGCAUAGCGGAGAGAUGCAAACACCCUCGGUUGCUCUUGGCUGCCUCGUUGAACUGAAAAUGAUGGCUCUUUCCAAAAUCAGCCUGAUUCAGAGUAUGUGUUUCUGCCUAGUGCUGUUAGCCCUGGCUUGUUGCAACAAAGGUCACACACACAUGGAGGAUGGUAGCGACAAGAGCCUUCCUAGUUCUCUGCUGUCAGAACUGCUCUUGGGUCCUGAUUCCCAGUCCGAGUAGAAGAACUUUCUCUACCGAUGGGUGGUGGUCCUCUAAUCCUGUGUUGCAGAAAGUGAGAGAAAGAUGUUGAAAGGUUAUAUUUCCACACACACUACUGGAAAGGUGUUAGGUAGAGGCAGUAUACUUUAUGCCAGGGAUUGAAGGGCUCUUCUGCCCCUUUGGCCUUAGAGCAGUGGUUCCCAACACUUGCCUUAGAGGGUUAAACUCAAUCUAUUGCUUUAGCCUCUGCUACCACUUGGGGGGGGGGGAGUGGAAUGACCUAGAAGUGGCUGGUUGCACCCCAGAGAGUACUGUUGGAGAUUUUGGAUCGUUUUCUAUCCUCACUCAAAGCCUGUUUUAGGGCCAAAAGGGCCUUUGUAUUGUCAGCUGUGCAGUAAGUGUUGCACUCCAGUUGCUGCACUUCCAGGCUGAGCUGGAAAACAACCCUUCUUAACCUAGAAAUACUUUCUUUCUGUUACAAUGUCAUUCAUUUCUCUAAUUUCCUAAGCAGUUGCCUCCCUAGGCAAUUUUGCUUCUUACGUGUCCUUGUCCUUCCAUAGUCAGUCUGAAUUUUGGCCAUAGUGCCAUAUGGGAGAGGAUUUUUAAAUAUAUCUCUAUCUGUAUUUCUAUUUAUUACACUUAAUACUGUGACUUUACAUGGGGUUCCGAGUGGUGUUCCAACCUUGCCAACUUAGCUUCAGCAAUGCUAAAACUUGAUAAACUCCCAGACCAUCUCUAGCCUGGCUUCAGAGUUUGGAUGCCACAGAGACCCCUGGGUAGGCACUGGGCGUUCAGGAAGGGCUUCCAUCACCAUGUGUUCUGUAUUCCUAAGGAACCAGCUGUUGGUCCAGCUGUCCUGGGACAAGGCAUGCUGAAUCUUAAACCUUCUGGGCUGCUUUCCUGGUAGACGGUUGGAACAGAGAGCUUGAGUUCAAAGAGCCCCUGCUGUGUUCAUUCCUGCUCCCUUCCUCUUUUAUUAUGUAAAAGGAAAGUGGGUACUUAUUUAUAGCCAAAAUUAGAAAUAUCACCUCUUUACUUAGAAUUCUGUUCGGCUUUGUGGUUGCCAUGCCUAACUGCUGACACAGCUCCUGAGCAUAUUGGCGGGACCAGCAAAAAGCAACACAAAAAAGACCAACUCUUUUUAAAUGAAACUAAAAAAAAAACAAAACCUGAUCAAAAUGCAUGGCUUUUUUUUCCAAGUUUCUGUGGAUGGUCAUCCCAAAAGGGAAAAGGCAGAACUGUGCUUUAAAACAUGCUUGUGGAAAUGAAGAGCAUUAGAAGGAAUCCAGAAGGAUCUAUUCUUGAGCCACAGCGCAGGAUAAAGCAGUGGCGUGUUGUAUCAGAAAGAUCUUGGUCAGGCAGGAAAAUCCUCUCUUAACAUUACAUUAUAGUUAUCAUUAUUGUUUCUGCCUUCUCCUGUGUCCAUCAGUAAUUGAGACACUGUGUGACAAAAGAUCAUGGCCUUUUUUGGUUAUCUCCCCAGUUGGCAGACUGGAAGCCUGCUUCUCUUGAGUGAAUCGCCUUGCGCGGCAAGAUCCCAUUUGUGCCAAAUGAAAGAAAGAUAUCGGGAUGGGUUUCCAAAAAAAUAAGCCCAAGGAGGCGCACUGGCACUGGCAGGCUGGCGCAGGCAGGUAGGCGCUAAAAUAAUCCAGAAGAUGGAAAGGAGGAAUCCUCCUCCCCCUCCACACACGCACAAAUCAGGAAAAUGGGGCAACAAAGGCAAGGGUACAAGAUGGAAAGAGAACAGGUAGGCGGCACCCUCUGGGAGGGAGGCCCCCAGGAGCUUUGUACAGCCACAAGGAAUGACGGGAGUAAAGAGCACUAGCUCCCCACAGGGUUUCGACAGGUCCGGGCCCUCUUGCAGAUUCAAUAUUCCUGCUUUCUGGGAUUUCUGGCUGGCUGCUGAUAGCCCUCACAGAGCUAGUGGUUGAAAAAUUCUGAGGUAAUUCAACAGACAGAGGGUGAAAGAAAGGGCACCCAGAAGUCCCGUGAAAGAGGGAAUGUGAAAGGAACAGAACUUUUGUAUAUCCCUCUUUCGUAAACAACAAUCAUUUGUUUUUAAGAGCCUUUCUUUUGGGAGUUACCGAAACCUGUUGAUUCCUUUGUUUUCUUUGUGGUGUCUAGCGUCUGAGAGUGGCCAGUAGUGUGGCCGUUGCAGAGAGGAUACAAAAUAUGUGAAAGAGAGCCUCUUUUUCAUGUGUUGGGUCCUUUGUUGAAACAUGGCACUCUAUGCGUUGUAGAAGAAGCACAAUUUGUUUUCUGAUGACCCUUGGCCGGUGCAGCCCGCUCACAGCCAUCGCCCUCGUUUGCAGUUGAACAUUCAUCCAGUAUCUUUUGUUACAGGUAGGUAGCAGAGUACUUGCACCGCUCUGUAAUAACCACCCCUCUCCUCUUUGGAAGAAGGAGUGGAAGUCACUAACCUCAAACAGUGCUAGGUGUGUGAUCUUUGCUGUUGAGGUUUUUCUCAGAAUCUUGCUGCGCUUUAGAAAGGAGUGGGUGGAGAAGAAGACGAGCCAAACAUAGCUGCCUGGGUGGGGAAGAAGGUAACGGUCUUUUUCCCCCCCGCUGUUGUAACCAUCUCUUGUGCUGUUGGCACACAGCUACCUCCUGCUUUUCCCCUGUUGCAAGUAGCCAUCUCAACACAUUCAGCUAGGGCCCAAAUUAACAUUAAAGUGAAUGGUUUGUUGAAGCAGGAUGGUUUUGCAUCUUAAACACUUUUCCUUAAGCACUUUUUAAGGAUGCCACUUCAGAAAAAAUCUUCAGAGUUUUCAGGUCCCUGGACACUUUGGGGAAAGGUUGCAAAGUGGAUCUUUGUUGUAAUUAGGGGACUCCAGGCCCCGGGUUCCAGUUAUUACUCUACAGUGGCUGAAAUCCAGAGAACUGAAUUGUUGUGGAUUUAGUGAAUCAAAAUCUGUGUAGGUUCCAGUGAGUCCAGCUAGAGUCACUCUAGUUGUGAUUUACUGGAUUUCACGCACUGAGUAUUCACUGCAGUUCCACAGAAAAAUGUGGUAAAGCUUUUUCAAGGUUACUGAGUAAAAGCAGUACCCUGCACACAGAACACUAGCAUGUCAGGGGGAAAGGUUACAGCUUAGUUUUCUCACUGACUUAAGUAGUUUUCUGUGGGCAGGACAUCUUUCAAGCCUGCAUCUUACACCAUUCACUCCUUGCCCCAAAGUGACAGCUUGAAAUAAAGCCAUUCGAAACCCUUUGCAAUUGGAAUUCAGAUAGCAUUUGCCGUCUCACUUUUGGAAAGAAUGAAAAAAAAGGGGAAAACUCCCAUCAAAUAAAUUGAUUGCAGCAAUCUGGAAGCAUCAUUUGCUAUAUAGCAAUUGGAAAUUAAAGGAGGGAAAGUGCACUUGUAAAAGGGUUCAUAUGUUUCUGUUGCGAUGGUGAAAUCAAGUAAAAACAGAACUGAAACUAGUUUCACUGUCUGCCAGUGGCCAAGGUGCAAAGGGUCACCCUUGUUUCAGAAUUAAUCUUGUUUGUUCAGAUCAUAGCACAAGGACGUGAUGGUGUCAGAAGAAAGUUGUAACAUGACGAGGGGUUCAGGAGACUGAGAUUAAGAAGCCCAUGCGUUUAAAACAAUAAUGUGGUGAGGACACUUGUUUUUGAAUGGUCUUGGUGGUGUUGAUGCAGUUUGUAGGAGUCCCACUGAUGUCACUGUAGCAGAGAGCAAAGAGGAAGAGGUGGCUCAGCAGUUCAGAGAGGUUGCAGCGUAGAAACAGCUCUGCAUAAAUGGCAAUGCCUGCUUCGGUAGUAUUGCGUAUAUGUGCACACACCAAGUCGUAUUCCAAGCACCCUCUGUGAACGCUGCGUCUUCCGCACCUGAAUGCUGAUGGAAAAAUUACUUUAUUGAAAGGGCAUGCCGUACUGCAAAUGGUUGCUCGCAACCUUUUGUUAAAUUAAGACAUGCUUUUAAAUGGUGUGCCAUUAAUAUACAUUCAGGGAAUGCGUCUAGGGGUGGCUGUUUCCCUUGUAUUUCUUCCUCCUUGGAAAUGGGAGGCUCCCGACUGUCCGAGGGACGUGAUCGGAAACCUGUUGCAACCCUUGUUCUCGUUCGGGUGGCUGGUGUACAAGAGCGACCAGUGGGUCUUUGGGGGGUGCCACAGGCUGCCUUCGCAACUUCAUUGUGGACAAGAGUGAUUGCUGGCUUUGAUUUGGGGAUAUGAUAAGAGAAUUGGAGAGAAAAAUAAAACAGGAUCUGUUCCUGCGGUUCAUUCUGGCUUUCAUACACUCCUUUUGUUCUCAGGAAGAGAAAGGAAAAACCCUAGCACUUCGAGCUCAACGGAGCAAUCUAUCAAUUUGCUCUUAUGGUUUCAGUCUGGUGUCAAAGUCUGAUGGCUUUUUUUGGGAGGGGGGAACUGUUUUCCUUCCUUAUCUUUCCCAUUAAUUAUCUUAUUUUGCUACGGGGGAGGGAUCUGGGACAGGGAUGUGUUACCCAAGGGCAGGAUCACUUUUAAACUGUAGUUUUUAUAAGAUGUUAUAAACUUGUAUCUUUUUACCAUUA